GCUUUACGAGAGGACGCACUACGGGGGCCGAGCAGGAUAGAAAUGUGGGCGCGGGCCGUGUGGCUGGGCCUUCGAGUGUCGGCGGGCGGGCGCCGGGGCUUCCGCUCCAAGGCCGAUCCUCAGGGAAGCCACCGGGUCACGGCCGAGCUGAUCGAGCACCUGGAGCGGCUAGCACUUGUGGACUUUGGCAGCCAAGAGGCCGUGGCACGGCUGGAGAAAGCCAUCGCCUUCGCCAACCGGCUCCGCGCCGUGGACACGGACGGGGUGGAGCCCAUGGAGUCAGUUCUGGAGGACAGAUGUCUGUACUUGAGAUCCGACAAUGUGGUAGAAGGCAACUGUGCUGAAGAACUACUACAAAACUCCCAUCGAGUUGUGGAGGAGUAUUUUGUGGCUCCCCCAGGUAAUAUCUCUUGGCCAAAGCUGGAUGAAAAAGAGCCCUUCUCACACUGCUGAGUAGCUAUUCUGGGAAGGGGUGCCCUCUAAAAACGUGGAAGUGCAAUGACUAUUUUGUUACGAACACUAAUGUUCCCACCUCCUUCAGUCACCUGAAAAAAGUGAUGGUUAGGUAUCUCUUAGUAACUAACUCUUUUGAAGACAGAAUUAGGAAAGAUCUAGCCAAAAUAAGGCAAAUAGUCCCUGAUGCCAAUGGAAGCAGAAGGUAUUGCCAGUUUCCAAGGAAAAGGAUCAAGUGUACUCACAGGCUGUUCUGUACGGAAGAUUUUAUCCCCUUCCCAAAAGACUGUCUACCAAACUGCAUUUAAGUGAAUUUUUCUAUUUAUGUAACUGUUAGACAUUGCAUCUGAUCACUAUGUGACAACCUGAGUUGUCCUUUUCAGUUGCUGCUUCCAUUGACUUGAGCAGCCUUUUAUCUUUACUGAACACACUUAAACUUGUUCUUGGGUACCCACUUUGUUCCAAGCAGAGGGCUGACUUUCUGCUAAGGUUAGGAGGCAGCUUUGGGAGGUGAUGGAUAUGUUUAUGGCCUUCAUAGUUGUGAUUUCAUGUGUGUAUACUUAACCCCUAACUCACUGAGUUGUAUACAUUAAAUGUACAGCUUUUUACAGGUCAACUGUAUUUCAAUAAAGUGGUCGAAAAAAAAAAAAAUAGCCCUGGGCCUGUGACAAAGUAGGCCCCCUGCCCCAUGAUUACUGAACUGAACAGAAUCCCAAGACAGUGGGGUUUUUUGUUUUGGGGUUUGUUUUGUUUUUUUAAAGCUCAGAUACCAGGGACAAAUGAGACAAAUUAGGAGUGAAAGUGAUAGAACCAAAACUUUUCUGGUUUUUUUUUCCCCUAACCAACUGCCAAGGUUGGUUUUGGCUAAGAAUUUCCCAAUGAUCUUUAUGCUGGUGCCCACUUUUAAAAGUCUGUUUUUAGCCUUCCCAUUCCCUUCCCCUAUCUGCAAUGCGCCCUCUUUUCUUUAAAGCAGCUUAAUUUACACAGUUGGCCUUGAAUUAUAAGAGAACCCUGAACCUGCCCUUGGGAUUAAAGUUCUCAGACCACCAUCAGAGCAACAUCUUUAUCCCCAAAUAAAGUAAUCCACUCCUGCUCCUUACCAACUGGGUACAAGCUGCCCCUACAACUCAAUGAUUUUUUUUUUUUUUUUU